AUGGCGGAGCGGCGGCAGCGGGCCCGGGUGCAGGGCGGCUGGGCCGGCGCCCCGGCGGGGCGGCCCGCAGCACCAAAGGCACCUGUGGCCAGCGGCCUUGCCCUUGCAGGUGCAAGGCCAGCAUGGAGACAGAAAGAUCAGCCUCACACUCAAAACCAGUUUGUCUUUGAAAAGCCAUCAGAGGUGGAGCGCAGAGUUCCAGAGGCAGGUGUGAUAGACAAGCCUGGUGUGUAUGAGCUCAGCAAGGGACCCACUGGCAUUUCUAGGAUUCAUUUGAUUCCUGGCUUUAUUGACUCAGAACAAGCAGACUGGAUGUUUGAGCAGCUCCUCCAGGACAUCCCCUGGGGUCAGCGAACGCACGUCAGGCAGGAAGUAUCUUUUGAGGAACCACGGCUUACAUGCUGGUAUGGGGAACUUCCUUACACAUACUCCAGGAUAACAAUGCAGCCAAAUCCAAAUUGGCAUCCCGUGCUGAGCGUGCUGAAGGAGCGCAUUGAGGCGUUCACUGGCCACACCUUCAACUCUCUGCUCUGCAACCUGUACCGCAGUGAGAAGGACAGCGUGGACUGGCACAGUGACAGCGAGCCAUCGCUGGGGAGAAACCCUGUCAUUGCCUCACUCAGCCUGGGGGCCACUCGGACCUUUGAGAUGAGGAAAAAACCUUCCCCUGAAGAAGAUGGAGACUAUACUUAUGUGGAAAGAUUUAGAAUCCCACUUGAUCAUGGGACUCUCUUGGUGAUGGAGGGAGCCACCCAGGAGGACUGGCAGCAUCGAGUGCCUAAGGAGUAUCAUUCUAGAGAUGAACGAAUAAACUUGACAUUUAGAAUCAUUUAUCCAGAACCUGGUGGAGUUUGGAAGUGAAGAGCCCCUUUGGACAUUGUUGGAUGUACACCUACAGCAGAUCUAGAGCCUUAGAUUGCUGCUGAUUCAAAGGAAGCCUUACAGAAACAGAGUUCCUUGAAGUCAUGAGGAAAAGAGUUGAUAUUAUGAAGACCUUUGGCAGUCAGGAGCUGCCUGUGUUAUGUGGACAGAAAUUAUAUGUUAUUAGAUGAGACUAAAUCACAGGCUUUGAGUUUUUGGGCAGUGAUUAUUCUUAAAAGAGCACAAAGCAGGUGAAAGAUGUGAGAGGUCCCAGCUGGAGCAGACAGAUUCAGUGAGCACAUAGUUUGCACCUUGUCUUGUCUCUCCUUUACUCCCAAGUUGUGAUCUCUGUUGGAAGUAAUGACAAGAUGGGAUUCUGUGACGUAAAGCCACCUGUGUGUGUCUGUACAGAAAUGGGAAAGCUGCACUUGGGGAUGAUCUCUGGGUAUUAGCUCAUUUCACCAAAGGGUGAUGCACUGCUUUUCAUCUGUAGGUUGCAAAGUCUUUUCCAGUUCAGCAGUUUCAUAACUUAAAUAACUACUUGAAUUAUACUGGUGUCCAGUGGAACAGGGGGUCAAGGCUCUCUUCUGCCAUGCACUCUGUGGUCAGACUUUGUCCUAACUGUUUAUCCAUGUAGACAGGACAAAGCAAAGGCAAGCAACAGCGACAUCUGACGACCCUGCUUCUGGGUCAGUGCAUUUUGCAUUCAAGAAUAUCACUCUUGAGCCUCUCUUAUCUCUGCUGCCACAGAUCAGCAGUCAGCACCUCAGAG